AUGUCAGCAGAAAAUAUUUGCCACCAACCCAAACGGUUCCAACUGCAGAUGCUGCUGAGAAGCCGGCUCACCCCUGCAGGAGGAGGUCGGGAGUUGGCACAAUACCGCAGGACGCUGACAAAAGCAAAAGCAAAAGCAAAGCAAAACAUGUAUGCACGCAGCCAACAGCCCUGCGAUGAAGGGAACCUACCACUCAAGCCUCCCAUGCACAUGGGAUUGGGAAAAAUUGGUGCUGGCGAUAUGCCAAAUGUAUACGAGGAUGUUACAUUUCAGCAGAAUAUAUGUGUGUUGCAGCGCUUUGCCUUGUUCCUUGCUACAUCCCGGGGGACAGAUCCUCAGCUGGUUGCAGACACCAUAAGGCAAAUUUCACUCUAUAUUCCCCUAAAUCAUGUAAAACCACCUGGGAAACCCUUCUUAAAAGCUAAAGAUCCUGCCUUGUUUCUCGAAGAGGAAACUGUUCAAGGCAAACUCGAACAGACUUCACUGUUGCAGAAGUGGAUACUGAAAGUGGAUAGCCUGGCUUGCAUAGGCUUCAAAUUGAGGGCCCACCUUCAAAUAGAAGGCCCACCCUACAAUCAGAAUGUACCUCUUGCUAUCUCUGCAAAAUUUGCAAAGGACUGGCUGCAAAAUAGCAACUAUUCACUGUACAUAAUGGACUGUCAUAUUGGAGGCAUUAAAGAUACUGUGAAUCCGGUCCGUCACCCAGUCAUCUGUGUCAACAAUCAUGUCUUCUGUUCCAUUUGUAUUGAAGUGUGGCUGAAGAACAAUAAUCAGUGUCCAGCUUGCAGGAUUCCCAUCACGCCUGAAAAUCCUUGCAAGGAAAUUAUAGGAGGAGCGAGUGAAAGUGAUCCUAUAUUUAGUCCGACAGUCAGAAAACACCUACGUAAAACAAGGCUUGAAUUGCUCCACAAAGAAUACGAGGAUGAAAUAGAAUCCCUGCAAAAAGAAGUGGAAGAUCUGAGAGGUAAAAAUCUCAGUUUACAGACACAGCUGAAAUCUCUUCUGGAUCCUGCAGCAUCAGCUUUGUCUUGCCAAAAUGAGGAAACUAGCCAGUCAGCAGAUGAAGCAAGUACCAGUGGCCCAGAAACCCCAGAGGAAUGGAGCAAAAAGCUGAAAGCUGCCAAUGAUAUAUAUGAAAAAGUGAUGGAUAAUGUAGAAAAGUUAAAGGAGGCAAAUAAGAAACUGAGCAUGGAAAACAAUAGCCUUUUAAGAGAGAAUUUGCGACUAAAAGCUGAAGUUGAUAGUAGAUCACCCCAAAAGUUUGGUAGGUUUACAGUAGCUGCACUUCAGUCCAAAGUAGAACAAAGUGAACGUGAAAUGAACCGUCUAAAAAAGGCACUGGAAAGAAGUGAUAAAUACAUAGAAGAAAUGGAGUGUCAGCUUUUACAGCUGAAAAAUGCAGGCGAAGGAACCCAGACAGCGAGUGCUGUUAGCGAGAGAGUGGUUUCCACAGAUGCUAAAGGAGCUGAGAGCGGUGAAGAUACAACAUGUUUGAAAACCCCAGUUGAGGAGAAAAAAGCUUUGACUACCAGUCAAAGUCCUGACAGCCUCGAACAGCUGACAAGUGGUGGAACUUGUUUAAGCUCUUCUAGUCAAGAUGGUUCAAAUGGCUCAAAUACCCAGUGUGCCCCAAAGAAAGAACUAUUUCCAGGUUGUCAGGGGGUUCUCCUGGAUGAAAAUACUACAAAUAUGGAUGCCUGCUUAGAAGAGCAGUGGAAUAAAAUGGAGGAAUGUACCCCAUAUAAGGAUGAAGAACUUUAUGAUCUUCCACCACCGUGCACUCCUUUUCUGUCUCUCAGUCGCCUUCAGUUGAACACUCCUGAUGGAAAAGAAAAUGCAAGGAAACCAUCAACAUUCCUGAGAAAACUGAAAUUUGAAGAGUUUUGCGACACUUCAGAUGAUUGCAGCAAAGAUUCUCCAGAGCACAGCACAAGCAGCUGUAAUAGGGAAAAGAAGCUAAACUGUUUUGCUACAGGAAAAUCAGGUUUUUGGGGGACCUGCCCAACAAAUUUUGCUGAGAACUUAGAUUUUGAUGAAUCGGAGCGAAAUUCGGUAGCUGGUCAGUCAGAUGAGACAUCAGCAAAGUCCAGUGAUAAAACAAGUUCUUGCUUACCUAAGAGGUUACAUACUCUCUGCUCUUCCGAAAUGAAUCGCACAAGAACCUCCAGUGAGGCAUCUAUGGAUGCUGCCUACCUCGAUAAAAUUUCCGAGUUGGACUCAAUGAUGUCCGAAUCAGACAACAGCAAGAGUCCAUGCUACAAUUUCAAGUCCUCCGAUCUUGAUAAUUCUUCAAAGUCAACAGAGUGUUCUAAGCUUCUGAAUGAAACGGAGAAGAAACUGGAAGAGAUGAAUGAGGAACAGAGUAUGAAGUGUCCAGAGACAAGCGAUCCAGCAGUUGACAGAACUGGCUGGAAACCUGCUAUGUUUUCCAUCCUCUCCCCAUCUGAGCUAGAUAUGAAUGACCACUUUCCGCUGUUUACAGGCCAAAACAUAGUGGCUAGUGAUACCAAACCUCCAAACUGUUUAUUUCAAAGAGACUUUUCCCAGAGUUUACUAUUCAGUAACUCACAAAGGUUGUUUGAGGAACAAAAGUUCGGUUCCUGCUUUUUAAAGAUGUCAUCUGACCUGCACAAUCAGCUUAAUCCUCCUUGGGUGUCUUCCUUUAUAGCUGAAAGGAAAAAUAAAAAUGUCAGUCAGUCGACCAAGAGGAAAAUUCAAAGCAGCCUUUCCAGUGCUAGUCCGUCGAAAACCACCAAAAACUGACUUGGCUUGGAAAUCGAACGUGACUCAAAGUCGUCAACCUGCAAAUGUUUAAUAUUUACAGGUGAACUUAAUUUUUAAUGACUUCCAUGCAAUCUGAUCCUGUCUUUUUCGACUAUGUGAAAACUGAACAUUCCCUUGCCCGUUAUAAGCUCUUUCCUAGGGAAGAACCAUUCCAGAUUCUUUUCUUUGGCUGGGCAUUUUGUUUACUUGGGGGUUUGGGUGUUUUUUUACGUUUUCAGGUUACAUGAUCUUCCAGCUGUGAGCACAGCUAAUGGCUCCCUUGAACAGGACGGUUUUAAGCGGUCUUGCCAAAUCGGUCGUUUUAUGUAAGAAUUUGUUUUAAAGGUUACGUUUCCCAUUCCUAACGAUUACGUUUUGUGCAUGUAAGGCAGCUACUGGCUAUAUAUCCUAUGGAUUCAUGAAAUUGCUAUAAAACAAUGUCAGUUUUGCCAUAAAACUUGCCUCCCAGAUGAAAUGCUGCUGCUUGGACUGUUUCGUAGCACUGUACUGUACUGAAACUCUUGUUUUAAGUGGGUGUAAGGUAGCAGCCUCUUUCUUUUCAGGAUUACAGCACUUCAGUUAGAAAACAUCUCUUCAACACUGCAAACAUGGCUUGUUUGGUUGUUUUUGG